AUGUCUCGUAAAUCUCUGUCUUUUGAAGCAUAUGUCUACUAUGCAUCCGCUACACGCUCUGCGGAACAGUCAGUCGCAGCAGGACGUUUUCAGAACCGUGAGAGGACAGCCUUGCGCAAUCCGUCAACGAAGGAGGCCACGGCAAAACCCGACCUAGCUGGCGGACUUCCACCAGACGAAAGCACACCCACGAGCCAGCGUGACGAACCUGCCAAAAAUGAAGUUCUCAACCCAGUGCCUUACUUGAGCAGCUUGGAAGCCGACAAUGCCGCUCAUUCUGCACGGGUCGCCACUUGGGGCAGUGUGGCUUAUCUGAUCGUGACCGAUAUCUUCGGCCCAUCCCAAGCACCUUGGUCAUUUGCGCAGAUGGGACAUGGCCCAGGAUUUCUCCUGUACACGGCCAUCGGGGGUCUGUCGACAUACUCAGGCUGGCUUCUGUGGAAGAUUUUCAUUGGCCUCGAUGCAGAGCAGCACCCGAUUCGCAACUACGCCGACAUAUUCGAGAGGCUGUUUGGCACACGGAUGAAACAUUUUGUCAACAUCUCCCAAGUAAUCCAGCUAAUCCCGCCGCCAUACAAACGUUUGCAUGGACUCCGCCAGACGGACUCGCAACGGGGGGUUCUGGAUGUCGUUGCGACACUGAACGGCCUCAAUCAAGCAAUGCUCUGUUUUGGUGGCACAUCUCUCUUCAUCUUCUUCCUCGCAGAAAUGAGGCGACCAAUGGACUUUUGGAAGAGUCUUUUUUGUGCCCAGUUUUUCAUAUAUACUCUUUACGUGGUCUUUGGAAUGUUUGUGUAUCAUUGGCAUGGGCAGUUCACCUAUACCCCAGCAAUGCAAGGCAUUUCGAAUCUUCGUUGGCAAACGACCCUCAACGCGAUUACUCUCUUCACAAAUUUGAUUUCAACUGGGCUUUAUGGAAAUAUUGGCCUCAAGAUACUAUACAUCGAAGUCCUCGAGCCACUGUGUAAUUUCCCAGUAUUGAACUCAUCAUCCGGUAGAGUGAGAUGGAGCAUACUCAGUCCUGUCUUUUGGUCUGUCGGUUUCAUAGUAGCCGGCGCGAUACCUCAACUUGCCUAUGUAUCUAGCCUGGCCGCUGCGCUCUUCACUGUCAUGUUCACGUAUUCGUUACCAGCACUGGCGGCAAUCGUUUUCUGGUCUCGCAAAGAUGCCAUGAUGCCCAACGAGCAAUUCGACCCGACGACGGGCACUUUCAGCUUUCAGGAUCAAGGAUUUCAGCGAUACUAUCGCGGUUUCAUGCAAAGACCUUUCCUCAACAUCUUCAAUAUCAUUUAUUUCUUGAGCGGUCUAGUUUGCUGCGCGCUGGGCUGCUACGCUGCAAUCUUUCAACUUACGACCGCGUUUCAGAACGGAGUUGCUACAAGCUUCACCUGCAAGAGCCCGGUAUGA